CAAUUUCAGCGGAUUCAUGAGACUCAUUACUACACAAGUGUCCUCUGAAACUUUCUCAAGACUUUUUUCCCCUGUGGAGUGGUACCAAAGCCGCCGGAGUUGACCAAAUCCUUGUUCAAGGACGAAAAAGAGGACAACAGCUGCUUUAAGAUGAGGUGUGAUAGAGUCCUUACCUACCUGCGGAUAUUUGGGACCACCAUGUUUGGUGUGUCCCUCCUGGUGGGCAUCUCCACGGCCUACAUCAUGGGCUACCAGUUCUUCACCACAGCCCGCAAUCACCUAUCCUUUGGCUUGUAUGGCGCCAUCUUGGUCGUCCACCUCAUUAUCCAGAGCAUGUUUGCGCUCUUAGAACACCGAAACAUGCGGCGGUCCUUAGAAACGCCGAUCAAACUGAAUAAAUCCUUGGCGCUGUGCAUUGCAGCGUAUCAAGAAGACCCAAACUACCUGAAGAAAUGCUUGGUGUCGAUAAAGAGGCUGACGUACCCGGGGAUCAAAGUGAUCAUGGUGAUCGACGGGAACUCCGACGAUGACUUGUACAUGAUGGACAUUUUUAAAGAGAUCAUGGGAAAGGAGAAAUCGGCCACAUACGUGUGGCGGAGUAACUAUCACAACAGAGGGGCGGAGGAGACAGAUGAGAGCUACGCUGAGAGCCUUCAGCAUAUCUCCAGGCUGGUGCUGAAUAACAAGUGUGUGUGCAUCAUGCAGAAGUGGGGAGGGAAGAGAGAAGUUAUGUACACACCCUUCAAAGCAUUGGGGAGGAGUGUGGACUAUGUGCAGGUGUGUGACUCUGACACUAUGCUGGACCCAGCAUCAUCGGUGGAGAUGGUGAAGGUCCUAGAAGAAGAUCCUAUGGUGGGAGGCGUUGGAGGAGAUGUACAGAUCCUGAACAAAUACGAAUCGUGGAUUUCCUUCCUGAGUAGUGUGCGGUACUGGAUGGCCUUCAACAUUGAGCGGGCUUGCCAGUCCUACUUUGGCUGCGUGCAGUGCAUCAGUGGGCCUUUAGGAAUGUACCGGAACUCCCUCCUCCGUGAGUUCCUUGAAGACUGGUACAAUCAGACUUUCAUGGGAUCCCACUGUAGUUUUGGGGAUGACCGCCAUCUCACGAAUAGAGUUCUAAGCCUUGGAUAUGCCACCAAAUAUACUGCACGAGCAAAGUGCCUCACUGAGACGCCGAUUACAUACCUGCGGUGGCUAAAUCAACAAACGCGAUGGAGUAAGUCAUAUUUCAGAGAAUGGCUAUACAACUCUAUGUGGUUCCACAAACACCAUCUAUGGAUGACUUAUGAGGCUGUGAUCACGGGCUUCUUCCCGUUUUUCCUCAUCGCCACAGCGAUCCAACUCUUCUACCAAGGAAGGCUCUGGAAUAUUCUGUUGUUUCUACUCAUUGUGCAGGCAGUGGCACUGAUCAAGUCGUCAUUUGCCAGCUGCCUCAGAGGUAACAUUGUCAUGGUGUUCAUGUCAUUCUACUCUGUACUGUACAUGUCAAGCCUGUUGCCAGCAAAAAUGUUUGCAAUAGCAACAAUCAACAAGUCUGGAUGGGGGACCUCCGGGAGGAAAACAAUAGUGGUGAACUUCAUUGGUCUGAUUCCUAUUUCAGUUUGGUUCACCAUCCUCUUCAUUGGGAUUAUCUACACAAUAAUCCUGCAGACUCGAAAACCCUUUCCUGAAUCAGAAAAGAUUGUUCUGAUCAUAGGGGCAAUCGUCUAUGCCAGUUACUGGGUCAUGCUGUUGACGUUGUAUGCAGUGCUCAUAAAUAAGUGUGGGAAGAGGAAGAAGGAAUCACACUAUGAUAUGGUGCUGGAUGUAUGACUUAUGGACUGCAGUCAUCAUUUACCACUGAACUCUCUUUUUGGGUUGGUUUCACUCACACCAUGUUGUUGUUAUACAUGUUUCUCAGAUGCAGAGCAGCUCUGGAGGCAAAAUUGGUUGAAUUAAACAAGAAUAGAGUUUCUCUGUUCCAAACUUGAAUGACAAUAGCAUACAGUAUGAAUGACAUUGGCUGCUUUUUUAGUUCAUUCGUUGUUCAGGCAUGACCAUAGCAUUCAUCAUCUUGGAACAUCAGCAUGCUAGCUAAUUAGCUUGCCUGGAUUUCUUUAACAUGUUUGGUUGAAGGUAAGCAGACUAGCUACCCUUAAUAACUCAGCACAGAAAGGCAAAAAUACAUUGCAGUUGGCAGCAAGAGCGCUAGGCUUUGUAAUAUUAGCUACCUCUUACCCAUGUCAUUUUCACUGGGCUUCAAUUUAACAUUUGCAACUUAGCCUAAGAAAAUGGAUUUUUAUCUCCACCCAUUACGGUUUAACUUGAACAGUAAGAAUAUUUUACCUGCAGAGCAUCAUUGUGUCUCCAAGAAAUAUUUGUACACCCUAACCAGAGUCUAAUCUACAUAUUGCCCCCACCAAAGGGCAGCCAGAAACCCAUCACUACAUAGCUUCAAGUUGAAGUCAAACUGAAACUACCAGCGCCCUGCCCUGCCAGGCUGUUUCCUCUGUCAAACAACUGAACAACAUCAACGAUUACAUUCUUAACUCUGAAAGGUGUUGAGAUGCUAGCACCCUCGCUAUCUAAUUAGUGUAAUUGUAAUCUGCACGUAUGUUUUGUGUGGAUCUCAUAAUUAGGUGAAGUUGGCUAUUUUACCAUUAAAAACAAACAGAAAAAUUCCCAAGGUUAUACUGCCUAUGUUAAAUGAUGUAAUGGCACAAGUUGUUGUUUGUUUUGGGGGCAAUGCACUGGUUUACUUUUCCAGUGUUUUCAAAUCUCUUUUAGGAAGAGGUAUAAAAUCGAUGUAAAAGUGUGCAGAAAUUGCUUUGGAGAGCUGCUCUAUUUCUUUUGUUGCACUCAUGUCAUAUGGAAAAGAUGCUCCUUCGUAGUCUUCACACAUUUUAAAUGUAUUUACAAUGCAUUUUAUCAUCAUGUCAUCAAGUCAGUUCAUUAUUGCAACACCAAAAUUGCAAAGGCAAUGCACAGCUGUUUGAUGCAGGGUGUGUUUGUGCUUGACAUUGCAAUUCAUGAUUUGCUGUUUUGUAAAUGAAUCCAAACACAUCACUCUGGUGCAUGUACGCUGAAUGUGAAAAGGUGCAAGAUCCAAAGAGAUUUCCAAUUGUGCUUUUAAGAGGUCACAAAUCAGUAGCCUUAUAUAUCAUAUUUGGAUGUCUGUACACUUAUAAGGCUUGUUUUUAGUCCCAUGUGACGUGAAUGCAGUAUUUUUCUCAACGUUUACAAAGUGAAGAAUCUCAAACUGACCACUGAUUGGUUGGAUAUAAUGUCCACCAGAUCAGGUGACCAGGUGAACAUGUGACCAGACAAGAGAUGGUGUAUCAUUGCUGCUGUGACUGUUUUAU